AUGCGUUUUACCCAGGCUGGUGACCUGAAGAGGCACCAGAGGGUCCACAUGGGAGAGAGAGGCCGUUCGCCAGAGGGUCCAGAGGUGCUGCUGGUGAAGGAGGAGGGGUGUGAGGAGGGUCUGGGGAACCCUGAGGGGACUAUGGUCAUGGAGGACAACCAGACUACACCACCUCCUCAAUCCACAGAGGAACCAGCUGAGCAGCACAGGACCACACACAGUCUCACUGAGUCAGUAGACAUGGAGGAUGGGAAGCCUGAUCUGCUGCUAGUCAAAGAGGAGACAAUAGAAGAUGGACCAGAGAGCAUUGACCUGCUCAGUGGACUAAAGAUGGGGGAGCAAGGUGGUUGGCUGGAGGCUAACAGAAGAGACUGGGCGGCCAUCUUGGAUUCUCAGACCCAGACGGGUGCAGCCAAGAGCGCAGGGGACAACUUCACUGAGCAGGCCAGGACCAGAGGGGACACAGUGAAGGUCAGUGGAUGGGACAGCGUCCUCAACUUUGGGCUGGAGAACAACACUGUUAACCACAACCAGAAACAGACAGUCGAACACAAAACAACAACCAAACUUAGUCUCCAUGACAACAGACUGGCUGAGACCAGGACGAUGCAUAGAUUUGGUCUGCGGGGACGGGGAGGUGUCCGUAUGCGGUGGGAGAAAAAAGACACAGACUCGGCUAGCGAUGCUCCGUCCUGCUCCUAUAAUUGUGAUUCAGAGAGACUGAUGGCGCCUCAGGUUAACCCCCUAACAGGUGCUGCCUUCAGCCUGCCUUCUAUAGGAUCUAUCAACUGGAACAUGGAUCCUGCGACAACACAGACACUCCCUGGCCUUCGUCCUCCUCACACUCUCCUAAUGUUAAACCAGACCUCAGACAAUGCCAGUGCCUCAACACUAAAUGGCUACACAAGCCCAUUGACAAAUGACUGUAGUAGUAAUGCUAUCAGCAGAUCUGGUGGCAAAGAGAAGCGCUUCCCGUGUUCUUUCUGUGGGAAAGCCUUCAGUUUCCCCAAACAAAUGAAGAGCCACCAGAGGAUGCAUACAGGGGAGAAACCAUUUGUCUGCCACCUAUGCCGGGCCAGUUUCUCCCACCCGUCCAACCUGAAGAGGCACCUGAGGGUCCACACAGGGGUGAAACCCUUCAACUGUACCCAGUGUCACAUGCGCUUCUCCCAGGCUGGCCACCUGAAGAGGCACCAGAGGGUCCACACAGGGGAGAAACCCUACAGCUGCCCCCAGUGUGAGAAGAGGUUCUCCCACCAGCACCAUCUGAAGAUGCAUCUGAAGAUCCACACAGGAGAAAGGCCGUUCACCUGUACACACUGCGGGAAGAGGUUCUCAGAGAGGAGCUACCUCAGGAUACACCAGCAAAAAAUGCACACAGCCCAUGAAUAGAUUAUAGUGAUAUGUAGUAUUAGCUAGUAUAGUUUAAAGUGACUGUUACGGAUACAGGUAUCCUGUGUCUUUUUGUGUUUUUCCUCUCCUUCUGCCCUAAUCACAGGUGUCCUGUAU